AUGGCGUCCCGACACUACAACCCUCAUCCGCUGCCUGCUCCACCGCCGCAACAGCAGGGCCAGCAACACGCAUCCUUCCAGCAGCAGCAGCCACCAGUGCCUCGACACCACCAACCGCAGCCUUAUCAGCAGCAUCAGUCUCAGCCGUCCCAGUCUUCCCAGGUACAGAAACAAGAGCGAACCCGGCCUAAAUCCAGAGCCUUCAGCUUCCGAUCUGACAAGUCCCAGAAGAGCGCAAACAGCCACCAACAGAAGGUCGGUCUCCAAGAGUCGUCUGCCGAGAAGGAAUCAAAGAGGCUACAUACCCACGCCGACCCUAGAAUGGCUAUGACCGAACAAGAGCCUGCCAUGCAGGCGCAGCAGGAGGAAAUUCAGAUGGCUCCGUUGCGAUCAGUUCAGCAUAAGGACUUCGCUGGCAACCUAAUCUCUGAUCCAGACCGAUCGAACCCGACGCGGAAUCGAUGGGAACGCCCGUUAGAUACGAUUAGGAGCUUCGAGGCUGCUAUCGAUGGCGGCUAUAACCGCAAUUCGGUCAUCAAGGCGGAUACAGACUCAAUGGCCAACUGGAACAGACGGAGUAGCUACUACGGAAAUAAUGGGCCCCGCUUCCCCCAAGACAGCUAUUACGGCGGCCGACCGGCCUCGACGAUGCGGCCAGACAGCAUGAUGCUCGAUACCAGACAGUCGGCAAUGAUGGCGGGUCCAAAAGACAGUUACCAUGAUGGGUUCGAUGGCGGUCCGUACGGGAAUGCAGCCGUGGGUCCUCGGAACCGGUAUUCGCGAAACCAUUCCGAACCGUACAUUCAAGCCCCGCGUGCGCCGGCCGACCGAAACGUCUACCCUAUGCCGAAUAACCAUCGAUCAUACGAGACAGUUGCGACAGCUUCUGGGAGUGGCAGCAUGGGCGAACCGGCUGGUUACCAAACCGAUCCCACUAGUAGUGAGAACAGUUCGAUCGACCGUCGUUCGCCACCGAAACGCCAGGAGCCUACCAAUGACUACGGUAUUAGUUUUGGCCAGUCGCCCACAUACCAGGCUCCCAGUUUCAGCGCCGGUAAUGGCCAAGCAAGCACGCCACCUGUUACCAGAAAGGAGAACGGAAGCAUGUUGAGGAAGCCCUCCAAAACAGCACCCGCGAGUGGAAACGCUCAACAACGCCCGGAAGCUGGAGAGAAACGGAAGAGUUGGCUUCUCCGACGAUUCAGCAGCAAGAAGUCGUAG